GAUAGAGUCAACAUGAGGCAUAGAAAUGGUCCAAAAGGCAUACAGCAACAAGUGGAAAUGUUUUUCUUUGGAUGUAUACAAGAAAUUAAAAUCAAUUGUAACUGUAUAUCAUAUUUAUCAGGUCUUUCUUUAUCAGUAUAAAUAAAUCAGUAGUUGAUGUAUAAAUAAUGGUGGUGCAUACAUACAAACUAGCUGUAGAAAACGAGUUCCUUUGGAAGAGUAAAGGAAAAUAGAAAUCAUGCAAAAAGUCCCCAUGAAAGUGAGAUCUAACAAGAUACAAAUAAUAAAGAUAAAAUGCAUAAACAUGUAUCAGUAGUAUUAUAAAAAGACCAUAGAAAGCAGCUUUUGUUAUAGCCUCUUUUUUUUUCUUUUCUAAUUAUUAUGUCAACUACUUCAGAAAUCUAUGUAGCUGCAAAUGCUUUGCUUAUUCCAAACCAUCUUGAAUUCAUGCAAUCAGGUUCAGCUGUUAAGGAUGAGAUAGUAACUUUCCAGGCUCAUACUUUUGUACCUAAGACUGUGUUGCUUCUUUAUAUCAAAAAGUCAUUAGUAGACACAAGCAUUGGCAAACAUGGCUUCAAUGUUGCUGAGAAUCAAGGGUUCAAUGUCAAAAUAUCUGGAUACUUGCAAGCUCAACCUUGUACUUUUAAGGAAACAUCUACACAAGUAGUUCUUUCUUUACAUGUCAGCGAGCUUAAAAUACUUGAUGUUGGUGUUGAUAUUCCUAGCGAUAUUCAGCAACUUAAGAAGACUGUCGAGGCUAUCAUGAAUGCUAUCCGACAAGUAACUCAACCAUCAUCAAAUGGAAAACAAGUGACUGAAAAAGCGACCACGGAACAAGCACUCAGCAAAAGUAUCGCAAGACAAGUGCCUACAGAGAUGCUCAACAAAAAAGUGUCUACAAGAGUAUUUACAGAAGAAGUGUUUGUGAGAGAGCUCAAGAAAGAGAUAUCUCGAGAAGAAACAUCCAUGAUACAAAAUGCCGAGAAUGAUAAAAAUGUACCUACUAAAACCAUGCCUACUAAAGACAAUACCAGCACUGACUACGUUCGCUUUGAUGAACCAUCUAUUAAUCCAAAAGAAGCAGAUAAAGAGGCACUUUCCGAGACUACAGUCAACAAGGACAACACAAGUCAACAAGUGCCUAUAAGUGCUGGUACUUCAUCCACCAUGGCGCAUUUACCCAAGCCAUCUCAAAAACGAAAAACAAAAGACAAUCAUCAAGGCCUUCAUAAAACGAAACAAAUCGAAACAAGUCGUCGAAGUCCAAGAGCAUCGAAAAGACCUACAAACUUCAAAUAUCCAAAGUGAGCGAAUAAAAUUAAUUGGUUAUUUUCCUAAGCGUAUCAGGCCACAUAAUUUCUAUUCCUGGUGACAUCAUCAUCUCUUAG